GUGCGGCCAUGUGGCGCCUGCUCCGGCGGCCGCCUGCCCUUCCCGGGCCCUCCGCCCCGCCCCGACGGGGGAUACACCAACCCGAUGCGGCCCCCGGCCCGGACGCGUCGGCCCUGCGGCCCCUCUACAUGGACGUGCAGGCCACCACCCCGCUGGACCCCCGUGUGCUGGACGCCAUGCUGCCCUACCUCGUCAACUUGUACGGGAACCCGCACUCGCGCACCCACGCCUACGGCUGGGAGAGCGAGGCCGCCGUGGAGCGCGCCCGCCAGCAAGUGGCCGCGCUGAUCGGCGCCGACCCCCGGGAGAUCGUCUUCACCAGCGGGGCCACCGAGUCCAACAACCUGGCCAUCAAGGGCACGGCCCGGUUCUACAAGUCGCGGAAGCAGCACGUGGUGACCACGCAGACGGAGCACAAGUGCGUGCUGGACUCCUGCCGGGCCCUGGAGGCCGAGGGCUUCCGCCUCACCUACCUGCCCGUUCAGCGCAGCGGGAUCGUCGACCUUGAGGAGCUGGAGGCCGCCAUCCGCCCCGACACGGGCCUGGUGUCCGUCAUGGCCGUCAACAACGAGAUCGGCGUGGAGCAGCCCGUCCGGGACAUCGGGCGCAUCUGCGCGGCCCGCGAGGUCCGCUUCCACACGGACGCCGCUCAGGCGGUGGGGAAGAUCCCGCUGGACGUCAACGAGAUGAAGAUCGACCUCAUGAGCAUCAGCGGCCACAAGCUGUACGGCCCCAAAGGGGUGGGAGCGAUGUACAUCCGGCGGCGCCCCCGGGUCCGCGUGGAGCCCCUGCAGAGCGGCGGCGGGCAAGAGCGGGGCCUGCGUUCCGGCACGGUGCCCACGCCCCUCGUCGUGGGACUGGGGGCCGCAUGCGAGGUGGCGCGGCAGGAGAUGGAGUACGACCACCGGAGGAUCUCCAUGCUGGCGGAGCGGCUGACGGGGAAGAUCGUGAGCAGCCUGCCCGACGUGGUGAUCAACGGAGACCCCCGACGCCGCUACCCAGGCUGCAUCAACCUGUCCUUCGCCUACGUGGAAGGGGAAAGCCUGCUCAUGGCGCUCAAGGACGUGGCCCUGUCCUCCGGCAGCGCCUGCACGUCCGCCUCCCUGGAGCCGUCCUACGUCCUGAGGGCCAUCGGCACAGACGAGGAUCUGGCCCACUCCUCCAUCAGGUUCGGCAUCGGCCGCUUCACGACUGAGGAGGAAGUGGACUUCACCGCGGCCAAGUGCAUCCAACACGUGCAGCGCCUGCGGGAGAUGAGCCCGCUGUGGGAGAUGGUACAGGAUGGCGUGGACCUGAAGAGCAUCAAGUGGACGCAGCACUAGAGCGGACGCGUGCCGGGGCCCGGCCCGGGGCCCUGGUGCAAUGGACUGGCCCGGGCGGUGCCCCCGAUCUUUGGCUUCCCUCCCCACCUUCAUUCCACUCUGCUGGUCAGAGCCGGCCGGGGCGCCGGCGCUCAGGGGCUCCGGGGCCCGGUUUCCCGCCCGGCCGGGCCCCCGUGCUCACGGCCCGGGACCAAGUUGUGCCCCUUGGGAGAGUCGCCGUCGCCGCCGGGGUUGGGCGAUCGGCGGGCAUGGCCCGGCGCGGCGGCCCCCCGAGGCACCCGGCGGUUUUCGUGCAGGCCUUAGAAAUAAAGGACGUCUCUGCCGGCCGGUCGGGUCAGUCCGC